AUGAUUCCUGCCCUUAAUGGUGUUGUUACAAAAACUGUUCUUCUCGUGCGACCGCGCUACGCACAACAGUUGGAGCUCCGCGCCCUUACAAAAUACAAAUUACACGAGGCCGGUUUUAUCAUCGUUCGUGAAGAGUACCGUCGGGUGAAUGAAGAGCUUGCUGAUAAAAUUGCCGUUCAGCUCGACCGCGCUGCCUUUCUUAGUGGCACGGCGGCUCCCGAAGAGGUGGAGGCAGUUAACGAGGGUGAUAGUGCCACAAAUGGCUCGCGGAUGUUCACACGCUCGCACGUUACAGUUGGCGCACAAGAACUUGUGGGGAAUGCGUACUUAUACGUCCUGGCCCAUCGGGAUUGCCACGCAGAGCUGCUUCGGUUCCUUGACCGCCUUUUUGCUGAUGAGGAUUACACAAUGCUGUUGAUGAGUAUUAACGAAGAGGGAAAGGAGGCAGGUUCAGCAGCGGGGUCAGCGGCCACUCAACAGCAGGGUGAUUCGCGCGGCCCGUCUAUUCAAUGCCCGCUAUUCUGCAAUGUCACAAGUGUCGCAGCAAAACAAGUUGUUCAACUGCUAUUUCCACGUAUGCUUGUCCACGAUGUGCCGAACCGUACGGUAACGCGUGAGUAUGUGCAGGCGGAGUUGAAGAACGCGUUGAUGCCUGCGCUCGUUGAGCUGUCGAGAGCAAAACCAGAAAACCCCAUCCGGUGGUUAGCUGAGCGAUUGUUGAAUACAAACGUGCGGGCUCCUCCACUAAUAUCCGCAGCUAACGGCGAUACUGAGGUUACAGAACAGUAG